AUGGCGGGUGCUCGAGGCUUCAGAGCCAAAUUACGAAACUGUUUCCGUCGCAAACCGAAAAAUGCCCCAAACGAUAUUCCAAAAGCUCCACCGGAAGAUACCUUCGUGGGCAAUCCUCUCACUGAAACCAAACCAGUGGAGAGUGUUGAGAAUCAAUUCCCCAAGCAUCCGCCGCAACAAGUCCAACCAAUUCCGGACAACAGCCGCCCUUUCAAUCUUUGGCAAAGAGCAGAGGAUAAAUUAAAUGCCAGUCCAGAUACACAGGAACUCCUUCAAGCCUCCUAUCAAUCCCUGACGGCAGAGCUGGGGGAAGAGCUGCAGCCGAUUGGAACGGCGGCCCGCCAGGCGCAGUUAGACCGGUUAUUCCAAUGCCGAGCGGAUGCCCUUGAGAAAGAAAAAUGGACGAUUCAGUUCGGCGAUCAUGAGGUGGGCGUUCAGGACAUGGUGAGCAGCGCUUUUGAAAAAGUGCUCAUGGUGAAGGACCUGAUCGAUACCGCGGCCAGCGCCAGUCCUCCGGCAGCGCUGGCCUGUGCCGGGCUGUCAGUCGUAUUCACGCUCGUUCUUCAAGCAACCGGCAACCAGGCGAUUCUUCUUGAAACGUUGGAAUACACGUCGGACCUGAUGUGUCGCUACCAAGUCAUGGAAGAUGUUCACCGAUCGGAUGCGAACGCCCCCAAGUCGGCAGGAAACCAAGCCGAUCUGCUCGGAAGAUUCGAGGACCACCUGACCGACCUAUACGCUGCCAUCCUCGAAUUUCAUGCCCGUGCCAUGAACUAUCUGGGAAAGCGCAGUGUGAUUCGGCUAUUCAGUGACGCUUUCGACGUGGAAGGAUGGAGUAGUGUCUUGCAGGGCAUCAAAAAUCACGAAACCCGUACAGAGAAAGACGCUCAGAUGAUCGGAGCCGCGAACGUGGAUCAGCGACUCCGGGCAAUCCAAAACACGCAACAGUACGAAGCAAACCGUCAAGCCAUUGCCGAACGCGACAGGCUGGCUAUGAAACUCUUGCAGACUCUCUAUACAUGCCCAUACAAAGACCGAAAAGACGUCAAUCAUAAACGAGUGCCUGGAACAUGUGAAUGGUUUACGCAUCACCGAAUGUUUGAAAACUGGCAGCGAGCAGAAGGCUCCAGUCUCCUUUGGGUGUCUGCUGAUCCUGGCUGCGGCAAAUCUGUGCUGGCCAAGUACCUCAUUGACGACUUGCUUCCCGCUACAAAGGAAUCCACUAUUUGCUACUUUUUCUUCAAGGAUGGCAUAUUGGAACAAAUGACUGCGACAAGUGCAGUAUGUGCAAUUCUGCGCCAGACUUUUUUGUCACAGCCACACCUGCUAUCGGACCACAUACUGAACAAAUUCGCCGCGGACGGGGAGAACUUGAUAAAAUCCUUCAGUGACCUUUGGUCCAUCUUUACCAGCAUGACAGCGGAUCCAAGCAUGGGAGAGACUAUUUGCAUCUUGGAUGCCCUCGAUGAAUGUCAGGAUGAUGAACGCGGCCGUCUCAUAGAGGCAGUGACUCGUUCCCAGCAGGGAGGCGUAGGAAGUGGCAAGGUGAAAUUCCUUGUCACCAGCAGACCGUACUCCUACAUUUACCGGGACUUCCAAGGGGUCCAGGAAGAUCUUUCUACGGUGCAUCUCAGCGGUGAGGGAGAGGAGGAGAUCGGUCAAAUCACGAAAGAGAUCGAUCUUGUCAUUCAAAAGCGGGUGGAGGAUAUUAGCCGCAAACGUGGCUUGACUUCCGAACAAUGUCAAAUGCUACUACACGAGAUAAAGCCAGUCGCCAACCGUACCUACCUCUGGGUCACUCUGGCUAUGGAUGUGAUCGCCAAAACCCCUGGAUUCACCAAGGGGAACAUCAGGACGGCGAUGAAACGAAUUCCUUCGACGGUUAAUGAUGCCUACGAGGAAAUUCUGAGCCGAACCCCGGCGCCUGAUCGAGCGAAAACCAUCUUGCAUGCGAUCCUUGCUGCGACGAGACCAUUGUCUGUCAGUGAAAUGGCUCUGGCAGUUGCAGUCGACCAAGCCCGUGAAGCGUCAGAGGAUGUGGAGGAUUACCUCGAGUCCGCAGAGGAAUUCCAAAACACGCUCCGAGAGAUCUGCGGCCUCUUUGUGGUCGUUAUACAUUCACAGGUGUACUUGCUCCAUCAAACCGCCAGGGAGUUUUUGGUCCAGUCCGAUUCCAACACCCAAUCUGGGACUUCCACCUGGAAGGCCUCUAUCGAUCUUCAGGAUUCUAAUCGGGUUAUGGCAGAGCUUUGUACAUGGUGCCUGGUGUCGGAUCAGUCCGAGGAAUCAGCUAUGCUCAAGGAAUACUCCACGCAGAACUGGAUGACUCACUUCAAGUCAUGCAAUGUUAAAUCUGAGGACUCUCUCACGCCCUUGGCUCGGCAGCUCUGUGAGCCAGGACAACAACAUUUAUGGGAUAAUGCUCUCAUGUUUGCCUAUCGGUCUGAUCUUGCACCUGUGGUCGAAUAUUUGAUCAAGGUUGAAAAGGCGGGUGUUGACUAUCCCAGUCCUACUGGUCGCACAGUCCUGGCGUACGCUGCCCAGGAAGGACGUGCAGAUAUAGUUAAGAUGAUCCUCGAGCAUGCCAUUAAUGCUUCGUCAAGGAGCCGUGAGUGUGCCAUCCCACUCCUGUUAUCUAUCGCAUAUGGGCAUGUGGAUAUCGUUCAACUUCUGCUUGACUAUGGUGCAGAUGCCACUUUUACGAAUGGGUUUGGCAAUAAACCGAUCUGUCUCGCUGCGCGUCAAGGGGAUGAAAAUGUGGUUAACCUCCUCAUCAAGCAUGGGGCCGAUGUUAAUACUCGAGACUUGCAGGGUCGAACCCCUCUCUCCCUAGCGAAAAAGCACAUUGCUGUCUGUCAAAUGCUUAUUAGUCAUGGGGCAAACGCCAUUGAAGAUGCCUAG